UGUUAUGAUGACGUCAUACAGAGUGCGCUGUGUCUUGCUUUGUCGAGGGAAGUUUAAGCAAUGAAUGAAAGAUUUUUUCCCUCUGAAUACGAGUUGAAGAACAUAGCGAUUACUUUUAAGUUCUUUCAGGUCUGUUCCUGUAGUCCUUUACGUGAAACAAACAUCAUAUCACACAAUCAUUAGUGAAGUCAUUCCCACUCCAAUUUAUCUAUAAAUACUGCUAAACAAUAAUACAGCUAAACCUGCCGUCACAACACAUUCAACUACUCGACUAUUCUGACCUGCUGUUGUAAUGAUGGAGUGUGUAAAAGAGGAGAGUGAUGAAGAAUCAUACACAAUGAGAGAUGAGCAUACUGAGGAAAAGAGAGGAGUGAAAGAAGACCACAAUGAAAUGGAGGAUGAACAUAAAUGUCACAAUUUCAGAACUGAAGAAAAUUCUUCAAUCUCUCAAACUGACGAGAAUUCCUCUCAAAAAAGAGCAAAAGCCAAAACUUAUUUUCCAUGCCAUAUUUGUGGCAAGACUUUUACAAGAAAGACAAAUCUCAAAUAUCACAUAGGGCUUCACACUGAUGAAAGACCCUACACAUGCCCUCAGUGCGAGAAGACUUUUGCCAGUAAAAUGUAUCUUAACGCUCACGUAAAGCGUCACAGUAGUGAAAGGCCCUAUAGCUGCCCUCAGUGUGGAAAGACUUACAAAGGCAAAGGGCACCUUCAGACACAUUUAAUAACUCACACUGGCCAAAAGCCGUUCUCAUGCCCUCAAUGUGAUAUGAAAUUUUCACAAAGAUCAGCUCUUGACAGUCACAAAAAGACUCAUGCUAGCGAGCGCCCAUACACCUGCCCUCAGUGUGGAAAGAGUUUUACACAUAAGCAAAGCUUUAGUUUUCAUAUAUUAAGUCACGCUGGUGAUGGGCCCUACACCUGCCCUCAGUGUGAUAAGAGCUUCCCAUCUAAAAUGCAUUUAAAGAGUCACAUGCGUGUUCACACUGGAGAGAAAGCUUUCGAGUGCCCUCACUGUGAGAAGAGUUUUAAACAACGAGUACAUCUUAAGUCUCACAUACAAAUUCAUACAGGCGAGAGGCCUUUCUCGUGCCCUCAGUGUGGAAAGAUGUUCAGACGUAAAGGUGAUCUUGGGUGCCAUAUGAUAACUCACACUGGACAAAAGCCUUUCUCGUGCACUCAGUGUGAAAAGAGUUUCACAUAUAAACAAAGCCUUAAUAUUCAUGUGAGAAGUCACACUAGUGUUGGGCAUUACACCUGCCCUCAGUGUGAAAAAACGUACACAUGUAAAUGGAAUCUUAAGGAACAUAUAAUAACUCACACUGGCCAAAAGCCUUUCUCAUGCCCUCAGUGUGGAAAGAGUUUCAAACGUAAGGCAAGCCUUAAUAUUCAUAUAAGAACUCACGCUAGUGUUGGGCGUUACACCUGCCCUCACUGUAAUAAGAGUUUCCCAUCUAAAAUAAAUUUAGAUUGUCACAUGCGUGUUCACACUCGAGAGAGACCUUUUGUGUGCCCUCACUGUGAUAAGAGAUUUAAACAACAAGGACAUCUUAAGCAUCACAUACGGAUUCAUACUGGUGAGAAACCUUUCCCAUGUCCUCAGUGUGGAAAGAGUUUCAGACGUCAAAGUCAUCUUAGGGAACAUAUAAUGACACAUAAUGGCCAAAAGCCUUUCUCAUGCCCUCAGUGUGGAAAGAGUUUCACACGCAAGCGAAACCUUAAUAUUCACGAGAGUCGUCAUGAACUAAGAGUUUCCCAUUUAAAGGACAUCUAGAGAGUCACAUACGAGUUCACACUGGAGAGAAACCUUUCAAGUGCCCUCACUGCGAUAAGAGUUUUACCCAACAAGGUCAUCUUAAGGAUCACAUACAAAUUCAUACAGGAGAGAGGUCUUUCACAUGCCCUCAGUGCAGUGUAGGAUGAGUACAUUUUAAGCAUCAUAUUCAUACAGGUGAGAGGCCUUUCCUGUUUCAUCUGUGUGGUAAGAGUUUCACACAGGAAUCGUGAUCCAUAAUGAAGAAAACCCCUACAGGUGUUUUCAAUCUUGAAAGGGUUUUAUUGCAUAUAAAACAGAGAGACUGCAUACAGAGACAAGCCACACCACUGCUGUACAUGUGGGAGAAGUCUCAGACAAACACACAACUCACAACAGACUCACAAAGAAAAGUGCUGUCUGCAAAGAGUGAACAAAGAUCAAACUCAGUCUUUAUGUCCAAGCACAUGUUUUAUUUUGGAAUUACUCCCGAAUAUUAAUUUUAAUGAGUGGAGUUUUUUUAUUUUUAUUUGUUAAUAAAUGUUUUUUUUUCAGGAAAUUUACAUGAAGAUAACUAGAUUGAAAAACGUAACGUUAUGUCAUAUAUUUUUUAUUUUCUGGUAUAUUUCUUUUUUCAGUAGAGAUUCAUACACGUUCAAUACUAUCACUAUUUGUGUUGACAUACUGCUACUAGAGUUUUAUUAUGGCUUAUUCAAUGAGGGUUUGUUUUUUGUAGCUCAUUAUUGUGGUAGUUUAUAUCAUUCAUUUUAAUUUUUGUAAAUGUUUUAAUAAAGCUUUGAUUUGUUGAGUGAACUAUUAGCUAUCAUUUCUUUUGUCCAUGUGAACUUUUGUUGAACCAAUUAGUGUUAUAAGUACGUUUUUAAAAAACAAUGAAAUACAACUUCAUUAUAUUAACAUUUAUAAAUACACUGUCUGUAAGUGUCUAACAAAUAUAUACUAGCUUUAUUGUCUUCGUCAAAUGUGGGAUAUUUACAAUUGCAUGGGUUUAUUUUGCCAAAACAUUUACCCUUUGUAUUUGUAUGUGGCACUUUUAAUGUUUUAUAGAUUUCACGAUCUUAUGCUUGGAAUAAGAUUACUUUUAUUUUGCUAUUUCUUUUCUACUUUUUUGUGUUGCUUUUAGGUGAGAUCUUGUCACCGCUGCCAGCUGAAUGAGCUCAUCAAGACUGUUGUGCCAGUCUUGCAAUCCAUUAAGGUAAAAUACGUUUGGGAGGUGCUUGGUUUUGAUUUGAUUGGACCACUACCAGAAACAGAACGCAGCAACAAGUAUGUCCUUACCAUGACUGACCGGUUGUACACCAAGUUGGUGAUUGCAGAACCCAUGCAGUCUAAGACAGCAGCUGAGGUGUCUGCUAUAAUAACCACAAAGUUGUACUCGUUCGGCAUGGUUAGAAAAAUCCUUACAGACCAUGGGAAGGAAUUUGUUAACAAGCUCAUUACAGCAUUUUCAGUACGCUGGGAAUCAAACACGCGGUGUCCCGUGCUUACCAUCCCCAGACCAAUGGGCAGGACGAAAGAGCAAAUCAAAACAUCAAACGUACCCUCAGGAAGUAUGUGAAGGACAACCACAAUGAUUGGGACCGCCACCUUCCUGCUGUGGUGUAUGGAGUCAACACGGCAAAACAGUACUCCACUAGACACAGUCCCUACUUCAUCCUUUUCCAUCCACACCCACGUCUGCUAGAGGUCAUGAAUGCCUGGGAGAUGACUUUGACAUUGCUGACCCAGAAGAUGACAUUGACACCAAAGUCAACGAGAUGAAACUUCUCAAUGAAACGGCAAAAGUUCAUCAUCAAUCCACUGACCUAAAAAGAUCCAAACGGACCUUCGACAGUCUCAUGGAUAAGCAGAGGAAUGGAGCUGCUGACCUUUCAUCCGUUUCAAUGGGCGACGGGGAUGAUGACGGUCAUGGAAAGAACAAGGGAUAUGCCGUCUCUGGCAUGGCCGACUCUGAUGUGGAACGCUGCAUUGACAAGUUUACGUCGUUGUGCGGCCCAUUUUUCUUUAUAAGGGGAACGUUGAUCACACAGUCAAAUUCAGAGUUGAAAGACUGGACAAAAUUCCACUUAACAACAGAGCCGAUAUGCUGGAUCAAGCUAAAGCACAGAGACGCAAACAAAAUAAGGUCCUGCUGUGGUGUUUACUGGGGGGGUGGUUACAUCUUGACGGCCUGUCAUACAUUUGAAUAUGCUUCUUCUUUUGAGGUAUAUGUUUUCUUCCCCACCAAAAGCUUUACUUUAGUUUACGAAGCUUUAUUGCCAAAGGAACACCACAUGUUUAGGGACAGAGAUCAGUGCCUUAUCAGAGUACUCGGGGAUACAAGUCCUCUCGGAAAAGGUGUAUGUGAGCACACUGACCAGCUCCGUAUGAACGAGGAUCUUUAUUUUUACACAAUUCGUAACUGUGGGGAGCUCCAAAUGCAUAACUGCAAACACAUUACGCAGUCAUUCGUCAGGAAUGAAAACCAGUUUCUGAUGUCUCGGGCAGGUCGGCCAGGUGAAAGUGGCAAUCCAAUUUUCAGCUCGUUAACCAACAAAUGUGUCGGAAUUUACAGAGGGCCCACACGCUCUUAUGGGUGUGCAUCAAAAACAGAUGGCAAACAGGUGAUUAAAUGGUAAAGGUCAGGUAAAGCAGACACUUUGUCUGUGAGCUGAUUCAUCAGCUUAAUAUGUAGGCUCGUGUCAUCAGUCGGGUGCAUGUGUGGUGUUCCAAAAGCCAGUUCCAAUAUUGCGGAACGUCCGAUCAAGUGAAAAGUCUCCCUAGUGUUACGUUAAAUGACUGGGCACUUCAAAGGGCCCUUCGGAGGGUACAACAAAUGGACACCUCACAGGAUGACGCAGAAGGGCACUUCAAGUUGUUCGGUCCCCAUCAUCACUUCGAAGCUCUCCUCUUUUCCUUUCAUUUUUGUAAAUACUGUAUAUCUAUUUAUAGCCCACGUCGACACGUGGUGUUGGUGGUGGUUUGUCAAAAAAUUAUACAAAAAUAAAAAUAAAUAA